AUGCAAAGAAUAUUUGAUUUUUUUAAAACGCCUGGUAAUGGAGAAACUCGAUUUCCUCGCGAACUAGAAAACAAAUAUAUAGUAUCAAAGAAAGUGCUUGGUGAAGGUACUUUUGCUGUUGUAAGAGAAUGUACAGAAAAACAAACUAAUAAAAAUUACGCAUUGAAAAUACUCUUAAAGAAAACAGUGCUAGAUGAAAAAAUGCUUUCUACCGAACUUGACGUGUUAAAAAAAGUUGAUCAUCCGUGCAUAGUUUCUUUACAUGAUUUAUAUGAGAAUAAAGAUGGAGUAUUUAUCAUAACAGAUUUAGCAACAGGCGGAGAAUUAUUUCAUCAAUUAUUACUCAAAGGCUCAUAUACCGAAGAAAAUGCUGCAGCUCUAGUUAAACAAUUACUUGAAGGUGUUGCGUAUUUACAUGAUUUAGAAGUAGUCCACAGAGAUUUAAAGCCUGAAAAUUUACUAUUCAAAGAUAAAUCAGAAAAUGCAGAUAUAAUGAUAACGGAUUUUGGUUUAUCAAAAAUCGUGAAAAGUGCUGAUGACAUAUUAUUGACUUCAUGUGGAACACCUAGUUAUGUAGCACCAGAAGUUUUAUUAGGAGUUGGGCAUGGCAAACCUGUUGACAUUUGGAGUCUAGGUGUAAUAAUUUAUACUAUGUUAUGUGGUUAUGCACCGUUUUGGGGCGAAAAUGAAGCUGCUUUGCUUGAAUCCAUUUUGAAAGGUUACUAUUGUUACGAAGAAGAAUAUUGGUCAGGAAUAUCAGAUUUAGUAUACGACCCUUAUAAAAGAAUAACAGCCAAGGAGGCAUUACAACAUCCUUGGUUUCGAUCGGCCAAUAAAUUCGAUAUUCUUGAAAAGGUUAAAAGCAAUCUUUCAGCCAGACAAAGAUUCAAAAAAGCAAUUUGUCUUGUACAAGGAGUUAACAGAAUGAAUAGAAUGCUUAAAACCAAAAAAUUACUCACCACCACUACUAAUAAUGAUGAUGAUGAUGAUGAAAAAGAAAAAUUAUCAAUUACCAUAGAUCUGCAACAAGAUCAAAAACUUGAAGGAGGAAUCACCGAGAAGGAAGAGAAGCAAAAAGAAGAAAUAUAUGUCGAUAAAGAUAUUAAUAUUAAUAAUAUGGAAAUUGGAAAAGUAAUAGAAAAUGUCCCGAAUCUUUCAAAAAUCACUGUAGUUAGUUAA